AUGUUUAUUGAGCUUCGAAUGUUGGAUAUCUCUUCCAAUGCCUUCACGGAAAACUUACCGACGAGUCUGCUUCAACAUUUAAAAGCCAUGAGGACAAUUGAUCAAGCGAUGAAUGCACCAAGUGAUGAAGGAGAUGGAUAUUAUUACCAAGACUCGGUAGCUGUCGUAACAAAGGGAUUGGAGCUUGAAGUUAUGAGAAUCUUGUUUUUGUACACCACUAUCGAUUUUUCAAACAAUAAGUUUGAAAGACAUAUUCCAAGUAUUAUGGGAGAUCUCAUUGCACUUCGCAUGCUAAAUUUAUCUCAUAAUGGAUUACAAGGUCAUAUACCGCCAUCACUUGGAAGAUUAACUUUGGUUGAAUCACUGGACCUGUCAAGUAACCACCUUGUAGGAGAGAUACCAACACAAUUUGCUUCUCUAACUUCUCUUGCAGUCUUAAAUCUCUCCUACAAUCAUCUCGAAGGGUGCAUUCCUCAAGGAAAUCAAUUUCAUACCUUUGACAACAAUUCAUAUGUAGGUAAUGAUGGAUUACGUGGAUUCUCACUUUUGAAAGGCUGUGGUAGUGAUGGUAAUGAUUCAGAAUCAGAGAAAACUGAUACCGGAUCUGAGCUUGAUGAAGAAAGCAACUCUGAAUUUCUGAAUGAUUUUUGGAAAGCAGCUCUUAUGGGCUAUGGAAGUGGACUUUGUAUUGGAUUAUCCAUUAUAUAUAUCAUGAUUUCAACUGGAAAACCGAUAUGGCUUGCAAGAAUCAUUGUGGAGCUGGAGCAUAAAAUUCUGAUGGGAAGAAGAAAGAAGCAGCGAAAGCAAAGGAGUUACAGAAGAAGCAAAUAA